AUGGCUAGUGCUGGUGAUCGGUGUGCUAAAACCGUUAAAUCAGAUGAUGAUUUCAUAGGGUGUUCGGGUUUUUGCAAUAAUGUAGUCCACAUGAAGUGCGCAAAACUAAACAAACCGUUUUUGAAAGUAAAUGACGAGAACCCCAAUUUGCUCUGGAUUUGUGACGAAUGUUGUAAAUUGAUAAAACUUGCUCGUUUUCGCGAGACAGUUUCCUCCAUUGGGUGUGCUGUCUCAGCUAUUGCUGAAAAAACUGAGUCAAUAUGUGCUGAGCUGAAAGCCGAAAUAACAAAAAAUAGCCAGCAAAUAUCUCGCCUGUCUCGCAUCGUUUCUACUUCGUCAUCGGUGCCAGCAAAUCCAGUUUCUCGUCCGGCUGCUAAACGUCGUCGCGAAGAGGUAUUUGAGACAAGCAGUUCAUUGAUGGGUGGGCGGAAACCAGCCGAAAACUGCAAUAUUGCAACGGUUCCGCUAGCUUUCAUUCUUGCAUGGAUCUACAUCUCUCGCUUUCAUCCCAGCGUUAGUAAAGAGAUGGUCGAAAAACUAACGAAAGCUGGACUGAAUUGCAAUGACGAAAUUUCGGUCAUCCCGCUGGUGAAAAAAGGAAUGGACGUCAACACCCUGAACUUUGUUUCCUUCAAAGUUGGAAUUCCUGCUAAGUAUCGUGAUGUUGCACUUAAUCGUGACAAAUGGCCUCAAGGUGUCCUCUUUCGCGAGUCUGAGGACAACCGGAGGCAGGAUGUCUGGUGUCCGCCUAUCGAUGUUUCUCCGCUUACUCCAGAUAAGAAUGACCGUAGUACGCCUGUGAGUAUGGAACAGCAAGGUACACCUGGAUCGCCUUUUUCCCUCUUGACAACACCAAUGACGUUAUGA